AUGCCAACCACUUGCAGUGGCCCUCCUGGUUUAUAUCAAAACCUCCAUCACGAGUACAUAGCGUUACUAGAGGAAUUGCGCGUGCUGCAGGUGGAAUGGCACAGUGCAGUGUCACGCAAACUAGUACUGGAGGCUUCUGUCACUUCGACUACCGCACAGGGUGACGCGGUGGAGCCCAUUCGUCGUCGUCUCUCUGAGUUGCAGAAGGAACAUGUACUUCUCGAUCAACAGAGCAAAUUACUUCAGGCCCAGAUAGAGGAAGCGAAGGAGCUUUACAAGCGUGCCUGUGAAGAAUCAUCCGUUGUUAUUGGGGGCGUUCUCAAUGAGAAGCAGAAACUGGAAGAGGAGUAUAUGCAGGUGAUGCGCUUGGCCGAUCAGUUUGACCCAAACCUGCAAGAGGAUGCGGCGCUGGUGAAGGCUGCUCUUGCGGAGCAGCGCGUGGAGAUGCGUAUGCUGCGGGAGGCAUUGGAUGUCGUCAAGCGGUCUAUGAUGCCUGAUUAUUUUAUUGGGUCCCCCCAACACUCCAAGACGUUAUUGGUGCCGCAUUCAAAAGCUCUCGUGGAGGUUCCAAUGGACGACUUCUCUGUUCCGGUGCCGCACGGAAGACUGCGACUUCUUACCGGUUCCCGUGGCGAUGGUCUGCAGCAGCUGCGGGAUCGACACAAGGUGGCGGUGUCUGUUGUCUGUUCUAACGAUACGGUGACGGUGAGGGUGCAGGGGCACAAGGCAGGCGUUGAAAAUUGCGUAAUUGACAUUCGUCGUGUCUUAUCCCUUUAA